UGAGCUCAAGAAGCCAGUCCUCAUGAGGGGAUACGGUAAGCAAAACAAGCUGCUCUCAUAACAGCACAGAGGCUAGGAGAGGGUUUAGUACAGCAGAUCAUUGCCUUCAAACCGCUUUCCUGGAUUUUACCCUUCACAAAAGCUCAUUAAGCCGUUUCGCAAGAGACAUCAAAUCUGAAAUCCAUAAUAAAUUUGAGACGACCGCAACUUAGAGAAGAGGACGAAGGACUCUAAACUGCACCCAAAGGAGAAAACAAAAGCAGGUGAAUAAAUAAUUCUGUUAAAGAUGUCGACCACUGCUGUUCCACUCUCUAACCCGGGUAAUGGCUACACCAUUGUAACCCACGUGAUCUCCCCACCAACAUCAACUCAAACUGGGGAAAAUAUUUCCACUGGAGGACCACUUCAGAAUUUUCUGAAAGGAGAACCAAAAGCACUAGGAACCGUCCAAAUAAUGAUUGGAUUGAUGACAUUCAUGUUUGGCAUUGUGAUAACAAUCUAUGUUGAUCUCAUCAUCACUGUCUACAGUGGAAUUGCAUUUUGGGGUGCUCUGAUGUACAUCAUUACCGGCUCUCUUGCUGUUGCAGCAAGUAACAAGCUUCAUCGCUGUGUGGUGAAGGGUGCUCUGGUGAUGAACGUGUUGAGCUCAAUAGUUGCAGGAGUAGCCAUCAUUCUGCUUUCCCUGGAUUUUGUCAUAUCAGCAUUAUACGCGCCCUGCCGUUAUGAUGGCACUUUUAACUGUAACAGGAGCCAGAGCACUGGGAUCAACGCAGUGCUGCUUAUUUUCUCUAUAAUGCAGUUCAUCAUCUCCAUCUGUGUCUCAGCUUUUGCCUGUAAAUCCACCUGCAAAGCUGAACCUUCUGUGAAUGUCACUGUGGUUCCAAACCGAGUAGGAUGUUGUUCAGUGGUCAAUCCGUUCCCUGCCCAUGACAUCCAACAGUAUCCAAUGUAUGCAAUCAGUGGUGCCAGCAUGAACAGUCCACCAAUGGAAAGUCCUCCGGAGUACACUGAGAUAAAAUGCCAGCCAGAGAACUGAGACACAACACAAUCUCCACAUGAAAACACCACAAUAGCUCUAUAUGUGUCACUUCACUAUAUACACCUCCUUGUAUCUAUGCUCACUGACCAUUUUAUCAGCUCCACUGUCCAUAUAGGAGCACUUUGUAGUUCUACAAUUAGUUCUACUACUUACAAUGUAGUUCUACUGUAGUUCGUCUGUUUCUCUGCAUACUAUGUUACCCUGUACUCCAAAGUUCAGGACCUCCACAGGACCACCACAGAGCAGGUAUUAUGUGGGUGGUGGAUUGUUUUCAGCACUGCAGUAACACUGAUGUGGUGGGGGUAUGUUCGUGUGUUGCACUGGUAUGAGUGGAUCAGACACAGCAGCGCUGCUGGAGUGUUUAGACAAUGUGUCCACUCACUGUCCACUCUAUUAGUCACGCCUACCUUUUGGGUCCACCUUGUAAAUGUGAAGUUAGAGACAGUGUGUGACCUUCUAGUCCUUCAUCAGUGGUCACUCAUUUAAAGAAAUGCUACUAUAAAGAGUUUAAGUGUAGGUGUUCAGUGUUUUUGCAUAGGGGUCCAAGUAAAUACUGAAUAAUACGCCUUAAAACGUGGACAAGGGCUUUUUAUAUCAUAUUAAGUAUGGAAGAGGACACAUGGAUGAUUGGAAUUCUGGGAGUAAUUAAAGGCAAAAGACAAACAAGUCAAGAACAUUGGACCACUGGGAUAGCGGUGAUGAAUGAGUGGUGGGGAUAUGAAAUGGCACCGGAAUGGCAGGAAUAUGAUCACUGUAAAUCCCAGUGUCUGCUACGUAAGACCAAGAAAUGGUGUGCAUACUCAGCAUAUUGAGAGCGCAGGGUGCACAUAGAAGGAAAAAGUGUGGAUGUUGAGGGGAAACAGGGCUGAAGGAUUUCCUGCAGGACCACCUUAGACAAAAAUGAAGGAAAAUGAGAAAUACAUUCAGGGCAUUUCUGAUACUGAAAUUUUAAAGUGUAAUGUUGAGAAAAAAUAUGUUUAUUCUUAGAAAGAAUGUUAGCAGAAUUGUUACUUUCAGUGAGUAAAUGACUUCAUUUUUGUAAUUGUUGAGCAGAUUUCAUCUUUUUUUCCAAUUAAAAGUCACCAAUUUAUUUCA